AUGACAAACAUGGUCGAAGACGUUCUCGAGGCGCCCUCCGACGGCAUGUCAAAGCUGCCCGCCGAGCUUCGUGCUCGCGCCUGGCUGGAAGACUCUCCCAACACGGCGUAUGGCGACCGCCGCGAGCGGCAGUACGCGCCUCUGCUGAUUCGCCCGCGGUCCGGCUCCGCCACUGCGGAGUGGCGCAACGACGAGCAAGCAUUCAUGUCUAGGGGACUGGGUGUCGAUGCCGCCGAUGGGUCCGUCCGCCCCGGCUUCGAGCUGACUUCUGUGGACCGCAUGGGCUUGGUCGAGCUCCGCCGCGAGGUGGAGCGCCUGCGGGCCCGCAGCGCUGCCGGUGCCUCCUCGCCCGUGGUGGCUUCACCAUCCGCCGGUGAGGCGGUUGACCGCAACUCCCUGCGCUCCGCCAACGACGGCUGGCUCCAGCAACUGGAGUCUUCUCCUUCCCGCCGCCGCCAGGCCAUUCAUCUACCAGGAAGUCAUCGUUCCCUUCAGACUCGGCCAAGUACAACUCGAAAUGACCGCCUGCAAGGUGGACGGAAGAUGCGUCCUCUCCAACAACCCUGCUACCUUGCGCCCCGCCCGUCCAGACGGCUAUCACGAGACGUGAAUGCUCCGCAAGCAGGCGCUCUGUAG